UUCAAGCAGAGAUUACCCAAGUUCUCGUGAUACCAGAGAUUAUGCCCCACCACCAAGAGAUUAUACUUACCGUGAUUAUGGUCAUUCCAGUUCACGUGAUGACUAUCCAUCAAGAGGCUAUAGUGAUAGAGAUGGAUAUGGUCGGGAUCGUGACUACUCAGAUCAUCCGAGUGGAGGUUCCUACAGAGAUUCAUAUGAGAGUUAUGGUUGAGAACUAUGGUCAUUGUCAUGGAGUGCUGAUUUAUUCACAAGUAGAUAAAGCUGGCAUCAGGAGAAAUCAAAAUGCUGAGAGUUGUUGAAGCAGAAGAAUGCUGACUGUCAAUAAGGCACAACAGUUGCAUAAGCAGUGUCCAUCAGAAUUGGUUUGGCACAGGCAGUAGGUCUUGCCUUCAAGGGCUUUUAUGAAUCUGAGGUGGGCAACAGUGUUGAUUAACACUCUUAACUCUAGGGAGUGGUAGUUACUUAAAAUUGACCAAGUGGAGAAAGGGAAACAAAUUGGUGAGUGGAUGGACUCAGGAAGUUCUUGUGGCUAUUUGUAUAGAUUUUAUAGCUUUGGCUUUCAUGUUGAUUAGUUAAAGUCAUGGAAGCAACUCUGCAAUUUAGAAAAGAUUACCACUGAAUAUGAGAAUUAAGGGCUGGGGAUGAGCAUUUGUUGGCAUGUGUGAAGUCCUGGCUUCGGUCACCCAACACUACACAAAAUUAAGUUCAGAAAAAUAGCCAUAUAUGCUCUUUACCCAGUAGUGUGAUUUUCAGCAAGUGGAAUAUUUUUCAUUAGCUUAUCACUGAAAAUGUUUCUGUUAAACAACCCAGCGAGAGGAGUAACAUCCAGAAACAAAACAACUGGAAGCAUUGCUAACUG